UUAGUGUUUUACACAUUGGGUCCUCCUCUAAGGCUCUGGGCUGUAGAUCAUUUUGACCACUGCUCCUUACCCAGGAAUCACUUUGAAGGGUUUUUUGGGGUCCUUUACUUUUUAAACAAACAAAAUGGCACCAAAGAAGGACGUUAAGAAAGCUGCACCAGCAUCAGCACCGGCACCAGCACCAGCUCCUGCCCCAGCGCCUGCCCCAGAACCAGCUAAGCCCAAAGAACCAGUAAUUGAUCUGAAGAGUAUCAAGAUCGAGUUCUCCAAGGAGCAGCAGGAUGACUACAAGGAUGCCUUCCUCCUCUUUGACAGGACAGGUGAAGGCAAGAUCGUCUUAAACCAGGUUGGUGACAUCAUCCGUGCUCUGGGACAGAACCCUACAAAUGGUGAGAUCAAGAAGAUCCUGGGCAACCCCAGCAAGGAAGAGAUGAAUGCCAAGAAAAUUACAUUUGAAGAAUUCCUGCCCAUGAUGCAGGCAGCUGCCAACAACAAGGAACAGGGUACCUUUGAAGACUUUGUUGAAGGUCUGCGUGUCUUUGACAAGGAGGGCAAUGGCACAGUCAUGGGUGCUGAACUCCGUCAUGUACUGGCUACUCUGGGGGAGAAGAUGACGGAGGAAGAAGUAGAAGAACUGCUGAAAGGACAGGAAGACUCUAAUGGCUGCAUCAACUAUGAGGCAUUUGUAAAACACAUCAUGUCUCUUUAAAUGGAUUUCACAAAAUAUAAUACG